AUGAUUCCUAUCAUAUCAACUGAUUAUGAAUCAUCUGCUGAAGCUAUAAAUGGUGGGAAAUAUAAUUAUCACGGGACAUACGUUAAUGAAGAAUCAUCCGUUCAAGACUCAACAGAUAACUUAACAACUUCUAAAGUGUCCGAAAUCACAGAACAAACACAAUCUAAUUCAUUUCAGAAUAACGAUAAUAAUAUACAUGCAUCUGAAGUAUCUUGCUCUACUACGUCAUCAAAUUUGGAUAAUGUUACUUCCAAUGAGACUAAGGUUGGAAAUCAUUCAUUAAUAACUAGUGAUAAUAAUUUACUACCUCAGUUAACUUUACAUUCCUUGGCAUAUCGUUCCCCUGCUCCAUUUUGGUACGAACCAUUAGCUAUGGCGGCAAACCAUGCAUGCGAUUAUACAAUUAAAAUUACUUUAGAAAUGGCUAAAUCUGGUAAAGCUCCUAGACCAGUCCGUGUGUAUGCUGAUGGAGCGUAUGAUAUGUUUCAUUCUGGCCAUGCUCGUCAGUUAAUGCAAGCGAAGUGUGCCUUCCCUGACACUUACCUUAUUGUUGGUGUCUCUAAUGAUGCAGAUGUUCACCAUUAUAAGAAACACAAGAUUGAUUUUGUUGCACAUGAUGACAUUCCAUACGCAUCACCUGAUAGUGAAGAUGUGUACAAACCAUUGAAAGAUGCUGGCAUGUUUCUUGUAACUCAACGUACAGAAGGAAUUUCUACUACUGAUGUAAUCGGACGUAUUGUACGUGAUUAUGAUGUUUAUUUAAGAAGAAAUAUACGACGUGGUUUGUCCAGAAAAGAUUUAAACAUUAGUUAUAUGAAAGAAAAAAGUAUUCAAUUACAAGAUAAUCUUGAAAACAUGAUGAAACGUGGUUCUACUUUUAUUCAAAAUUUUGAUAGUAAACGUCGUGAAUUUGUUGAUCAAUUAGAAGAUAUUUCACAUGAAGUUGUUCGUUCAUUUAUGCGUAUUUUUGGUUCUGAUGGUCAUUUACGUCAUUGGUGGUCAUCACGUCGUUGUAAAAGACCUAUAUCGUCAUUGAAUUCAACUUUUUAUACACCCCAAACAUCACCAACAUGUAGCGCUAGCGAAGAUGAUGAUGAUGAUGAGUCGGAAGAACCAUAUAGUAAAAAGUCAAGAAAAUGUUAUAGUAUGACAAUGUAUGGAUCAAAUUCCAGUAGUUCAUUUACUGAUUCUGAUGAACAGAUUAAUGAACAAAGAAUAUUAUGUAAAAAAAGACCACGUAUCACUGGUGAUGAUUACCUAUCAACAUUUCAAACUGAAACUACCUUAACUAAGAAUACUACUACUAUAAACAGAUUUACGAAUGAAACUCGACGUAAUUCCUUCUCUCGACAAGGACCUAAAAGUGAACCUAAGUCACGUAGAAACAAUUACCGCAGUCUACGUUAUUGCACAGAAAGAAAUUAA